AUGGAGGUAAAUAUUGAUUUGUGGUGUGAUGAUACCUCUCUACUAGAUGAUGUUGGACGAUACAGGAGACUGGUUGGUAAACUAAUCUAUUUGACAGUUACCAGACCUGAUAUUACCUUUGCGGUGGGUGUACUGAGUAGGUUUAUGCACAAACCCAGAGAAGUUAAUUGGACAGCUGCUUUGAAGAUCUUGGCAUAUAUCAAGAGUUGCCCUGGUAAGGGAUUGCUAUAUAAGAAGCAUGGGCAUACUCACAUUUCUAUUUUCUCUGAUGCUGGCUAUACAGGAGAUAUAGGAGACCGAAAGUCAACCUCAGGAUUCUGUACUUUUAUUGGAGGUAAUCUUGUGACUUGGAGAAGCAAGAAACAAGAUGUAGUAUCACGGUCUAGUGCAGAGGCCGAAUAUAGAGCAAUGACUCACAUUGUUUGUGAGAUGGCGUGA